AUGGGGAAAUAUUAUUCUAAAAAUGAAGAUAAGGAGAUAUUGAUUAACCAAAAUGCAGUCGGUAGUAACGGUGCUGUACUCGCAGAAACAAAUCUACAAACACAUAUGCUGACCAACAACAUCCUAAUUGCAGUGGUCUUGGUACUGUUCGUUGUUUUUUCAAUAUAUUUUGGGUGUAAAGCAUGGCGUAAGAAGGAGAGAAAAUGGAUAGAAAAGAGGAUGCAAACAGAAUUUGUUAGAAGGAUCCGUCAAAGGCUUUCCGGGAAGUUCAAUGCUGCAAAUGCUGCUGGGAGUGAUGCUGUU